AUGGCCGGCGCCGCGCCUCACGUCAUGGUGCUGCCGUUCCCGGCGCAGGGCCACGUCACGCCGUUCAUGGAGCUGUCGCACCGCCUCGUCGACCACGGCUUCCAGGUCACCUUCGUCUGCACCGAGCUCAUCCACGGGCUCCUGCUAGACACCGGCACCAGCGGCGACGCGCUGUGCGGCAUCCGCCUGCUCUCCAUACCGGACGGCAUGGCUGACGGCGACGACCGCAGGGACCUCUCCAAGUUCGUGGGUGCCAUCACGCGGUACGUGCCGGGCUACGUGGAGGACCUCAUCAGGGAGACGGCUGCGUCCGGGCAGAAGGAGGUGAAAUGGCUACUCGCCGACGUCAACCUGGGGUUCUGCUACCAGGGCGCCAAGAACCUCGGCGUCCGGGUGGCUGCCGUCUGGCCGGCGGCCGCCGCGAGUCUCGGGAUGUGGUCCAGCAUUCCCAAGAUGAUAGAGGAUGGCUUCAUCGAUGACAAGGGCAUGGCAAAGCGAGAGGGGAUAUAUGAGAUCGCCCCCAAGAUGCCGCCGAUCUGCAUGUCACGCAUGCCGUGGUGCAUCGACGGCCCACCCGAGGGGCAGCAGCUGGUCUUCAAGCUGGUGGUCACCGACAACGCCCAGGCGACCAGCCUCGCCGAGAUCGUCGUGUGCAACUCGUUCCUCGACGCCGAGACAGCGGCGUUCGGGAUGUUCCCGGAGAUACUGCCCAUCGGCCCGCUGUUCGCCGAUCAGGAGCUCCGCAAGCCCGUUGGGCAGUUCUGGCCGGAAGACGUCAGCUGCUUGGAGUGGCUCGACGCGCAGUCCGAAGGCUCCGUCAUGUACGUGGCGUUCGGCAGCUUCACCAUCUUCGACCCACGGCAGUUCAGGGAGCUCGCUGAGGGGCUGGAGCUCACCGGCCGGCCGUUCCUGUGGGUAGUGCGCCCGGACUUCACCUCCGACGGCCUCGGCAAGGCGUGGUUCGACGAGUUCCAGAGCCGCGUCGCCGGCAAGGGCAUGAUCGUCAGCUGGUGCCCCCAGCAGCAGGUUCUGGCGCAUCCCGCGGUGGCGUGCUUCGUGUCGCACUGCGGGUGGAACUCGACGAUGGAGGGGGUGAGGAACGGCGUGCCCAUCCUGUGCUGGCCCUACUUCGCCGACCAAUUCACGAAUCGGAGCUACAUCUGCGACAUCUGGAGGACCGGCUUGGCCGUGACGCUCGGAGAUGGAGUGGUGACGAAGGAGGAGGUGAAGAGCAAACUUGAGCAGGUCAUCGGCGACGAGGGAAUCUCGGAGAGGGUAGGAGUGCUCAGGGAUGCAGCUCGUAGGAGCAUUGGCGAGGGCGGGUCCUCGUAUUUGAAUUUCCAGAGAUUUGUUACCCUCCUAAACGAGUGA